AAACACUGCAGGUGUAUUCGAAAGGCGUGUUUUCGGAGGAGCGGGUGCCGUAGUCGGAGAUGUGGGUACCCUAACGCAUAGAGGCGAUAUGAAGGAGGUGGAAGCAAUCUCAUUGGUCGAGGCUAUCCAAUUGAACAGGGAUAUGCUCAAGGAAAUAUUUACAAACCCAGAGUUCCACGAUUGCGAGGUGGCGAUAUGGAGAUCCGUUGCAACGAAAACCGUCAAUCAUCAUCUGAGAAGGGCGCUCCAAGAUGUGAUAGACGUAGAGGAAGUACGAGAGUGUAUAAACGUAUCCAACAUCAUAAAGGGAUCAGCGGCGAAUGUGAAUGAGAUCUUCCCAAUGAAUUGCGGGUCUGAGAAUGUUCUGCUGCUCCGAGGCCAUGCAACCAUCCGUGUAGUGCCUGAUGCCGAAGAAGAUUCCGACGAGGAGGAUGAUCCCAGAAGAAAUAUAAUCGAAUCAGGUGGUGUUGAAGCCGUUGGCGCCGGGCUGCACAAGGUGGUGGCUCCGAAUAUGAUCUUCGAACACACAAUGAUUGCGUUCAUCUCGGCAGACGCCAUUCUGAUGCCACUAGAAGCAACGGAGAAGAACACGGUUAAGCAUCGUCUGCUACGUAUGGCUACUCAUGAUAUGCGUGCCAGGCCUACCAUCACGGCCGAGAAGAGGGCGUCUGUUGCCGGACGCAAGUCACUUGCUCGCUCCCGCACGCAGAUGGGCUACGCAGCACGCGCCAGUGAGCCGUUCUUCCCUGGCGGUGGAGGCCAAUCGAGCGCUGAACUCCGACCAAGACAUUCUGUAGCUACAGGCUCCAGACCGAGCAUGCAUGCACGCGCGUCUAUGAAUAGCACGCGAGAGUCGGCGUCUAAAACACCGGGUGGCGGGCCAUCGCUAGUGCGCAUGCGAUCACAGAGCUCGGGGGCACAUGGAAAGGGAAAGAAACGGAAUCAACUGGGGCCUCGAACGUCGCUGUCAACUCCCAACGGGCCCAAUGUGGUGCGAAGGCAGGUCACAUUCACACCCGAAACGGCGGAAGAUAAAACCAACGCAAAGAGUCCGGAUGAGUAGUCGUGUGUCUGUACUACCGACUGGGGUGGAUAUGAUCUACGAGCUACUUGUGACUACCCGAGAAUGUGACGCGUGGGCCGGGUAAUAUAAGGACGAUCUUAGGUUGUUUUGCGUUCACCAGUUCCGAUCCUGCCAUGCCACGUUCGGAGCUGUAGUCCAUCAUAGCGCGUACGAGAACUUUUAUGCGAGAUUGCACUGACCAUUUGCAUGUAUCUAAUUGGUAUACAAAUGUAUGUCUCCUAUGCAAGUUUGCACUCACAUAUCUGAUUGAAUCUCUGUGAGAUCCAGAUAUGAAACAGAAAAGUAAUAGUCCAGUGCGACACAUCAUUAAGAAACAGGCCUACGCUAUCGCAAUUGAAAAUCCCAUCAAAGUGCAAACAACAGACAUUGCAAUUUAAUCUGCAUUUUUUAUUGUAAAAUUAUAGUCGAAUAGACGGCGCAAAGAACCCACAAAAGCAGGCACAAGUCACGGAUGAACAUGUGAAGUUUUUUUUGACAAUCAUGGCGCCAUCGCUCGUGACACAGUACAGUUUGACCCUAAUAGCUGGGCAACGUUCCACGACAAG